CAGGGGCGGACUGACCAUUUGGAAACUUUGGCACUGCCCGAGGCCCUGGGGUCAGUAGGGCGCCCCAUGAGAUGCCCCUGGUACCUUUUUCAUAGGCUUUUUUGCGUUUGGGUAAGGACACAGGGGCCCCAUGAUCCCCUAUUGCCCGGGGGCCCCCUGAGUUGUCAGUCCGCCCCUGCUACUGACCACGCUGUGUUCUCAGGCCUCAUGUGGUCAGUUUUUAUGUCCGAGGGCCCAGGGUCAGUAGGGGGCCCCAUGAGAUGCCCCUGGUACCUUUUUCAUAGGCUUUUUUGAGUUUGGGCAAGGACACAGGGGCCCCAUGAUCCCCUAUUGCCCGGGGGCCCCAU